UCUCUUCAGAGACAAAGAUGAUAUGACUGACAAAACGAGACAAGUUUCAACCUGUCUACUGAGGGAACAAGUAUGAGGCAACGUGAGCAAGCAUGUGUGCACACCCAAAAUUUUUAGCCGGAGCUAAUUAUUUGUUUCGAUUCCACCACAUCCCCUCAAAUAAUAUUUAAAUUUUUGAAUCAUGAGUGUCAGUCCCCCUGUGGUAAAGUGGAGACGGGUUGUUCCUUUUAACGAGGGUUCUGAUUCUGAAGGUGAGUCGACGGAGAUUACUCCCGAACCAUGUCCAUCACCUGUUGUGGUGGAUGAAAUUGUGGUGGAUGAGAGUGGGCCUUCUGCUGCGGUAGUCGAGGUUAUCGACAUCGAGAGUGACUUUGAAGAGUCAGACUCCGAGAAGGAGGAAUCGGAUGACGAGGGAGAUGAAGAAGAUGAAGAUUUCGUCGUGAAGGAGAAAGAGGACGAUGAAUCUUUUGACUUCCAUAGUGGGGAGGAGGAGGAAGUGGAUGACCAGAUCGAGACCAAAAGUGAUCAUGGAUUGGAAGAUUCGGACGAUGAUUUUAUUCAAACAUCAAGGACACCAGCUGAAUCAUCGUCGUCUGGAUCUGUUGAGAUUAAGGGGUCAAGUCGUCAAGACGUUGAACAUCGAAUGGUGGCGUCUUACUUUGAUGUUGGCUGGAGCUUGCUGACUCCUGCUCGAAAGACGGAGUAUUCUAGACUAGCGAAGGAUCGAAGCCGACACGUCAAGAACACCCCUCACAUUCCAUGGGUGGCGAAGAGCAAGUCAUGGACGCCCACUUCUUAUAAUUUUCAUUCAAAUGAUGAGGAUCGCAGGGCUGCUAAACGAGAGACGGUAAACAAAUCUCGACGUCGUGAACCAGGACCAAACUCCAAAUAUGGAUCAUUGGAAGAAAAAGAAGCUGCCAUCAGAGAACAGCAUACAAAAUACCGAUAUCGCGAACCAGGACCAAACUCCAAAUAUGGAUCAUUGGAAGAAAAAGAAGCUGCCAUCAGAGAACAAAGCAAGCUGCGUAUGUCUCGUUUCCGGAACAACCAGAGGAUUCUUGGAGAGGUCAAUCGACCACGAAAUCGACCAGGAGAUCAGCCGAGCCAGACUUUGUUGACGUACUUGUCACUUGAUCCCAACAAACGGUUCCUCGACAGCAGCAUUAAUAUCGCAGUGCACAACAUCACCCAACCAGUCCUCUCCGCCAUGAUAGAUUAUGCCAGCAAGAGUGAUGAGUCUCUAAAGAGAAAGUAUUUCUGGAAUUAUGUCUGCGUAGCAGUCAAUUGGAAGGAGACGGAGGACAUGACAACGAAAGAGGUGGAGGAAUUUAUAAAGGACCACAUCGGAGAUUCAACCAGAACGCUCAUGAUCUACUUAGGUCUGAAUUCUCUGAUGAGACGAGCGAAUCGAUACCACAUCACCAGCAAGUCAUCCACCCUCAACAAGUUGAAGAAGCAGGGGUACCGCAUUUUCGAAUGCGCGUAUCUGGACUGCAAUCUGGGUAAUGUUUACCAGGUCACCGGGCGAAAGGCGUUGGAGGAGCUCGUCAUGGGGUCAGCUGUGCUAAUGAAGCGAGUGGAGGCAUUUGGCAUUGUAAGUUUUUGUUUUUCCGUAAAGAGAUUUACUUUAAUUUGUGUAUCGCAGCACUUUGGGAAAGAAAUGAACAAGGAGAAGAAGCAGCAGGGACUUCGCCAGUAUUUCGUCAACACACGAAACGAGAAGAUGUCGAGAUAUGACGAGGUCUCUGCAGAGAACAUGGCUAAAGAUGGUGUCAGAUUUUUCGAUUUUUCUGCUACCAAACCUACCCCUGCUUCUCGACCGGAUUAUUUGUUUGCUGGAAAUUUAGUGUUUCAUCUUUUGAAGGAAAUGUUUGUGUAGAUCUCAUUAGAGAAAAAAUAGUCAUUCGAAUAUUUAUUACUUUAUAAUUUUUAUAUCAGAUGACAUCUGAUGACAUUAUAUUUGAUGACAGAUAUGUCAAAGACCUAGCAAACCAAAGGAAAAUGCAGAUCUGUGUCCAGCCAGCAACCUCAACGACCUUUUGUGUCUGGGUGUAAUUUCUUGGAUCCAAACGAUCGUCGUCGUAUUAGCUUAUCUUAACUUUUAGGAAGCAAGGAAAAGCAAGUAAGAUAUCGAAGGGAAGGAGGAAGUUGCUACAAUGCCAAACACACAGCUGGAUUGGAUUCAAUUUGAAUUAAACUGUUGCUAAACAUUCCCGAUUGUCAGCAUAUGGUUCAAUUUGCAUGGCUGGCUGCAUGCAAAAAAUAAUGGCAUAAUCGUACUUAUCAUUUCGUACUCUUGUUAAGCAGUGGGACUCAUGCGAACUCACGAUCAGUCAUUUAGGCCUCUCGCACUUUGGUAAUUUCCACACGAUGUUAAAAAGGGGUGGCUUUAUUGCCUUUAUCAAAUGCUAAAAGAGUAGUUUUCUCUCAUGACACACUUUUGACUUAUCGCCACCUCAAUCCAGGCAGUAGAAGCAGCGUUACGUCCGAAGCGUGAUUGCACUUUUACAGGUUGUUUAUUACCAAUAUGCAAAUUUUGCUGUAUUUUAACUGCCAAUUUACACUUGGGAGGUGAGGUGAGAAAAAUAAGUGCUUAGUUUUUACAUAUUUUUAAGCAUUUCAAUUUAAAGAUGAUACAAAUGACCACACGAUUUCCUAUUUGAGAUUGGGAAUUAAUAACCAAUUUGGUCGAUGCAUAUUGAUUUCUAAUAUGAAAUCUUUAACCGAUCAGGCUCAUUCUGCGAAUUAAUUUGCUAAUUAUAGCAAGACAGCACCAUUCGAUCCCAUUUUUCCAACGGGAUUGCACCCGAUUUAAAAGAAAUCAAGACAAAACCGCGUGUCGCUAAAUAGAUAAAUCCUGUGGCAUACCGUUGCACGUUACGUCCGUCCGUCUGCUUUACAUCCCUUCACAAACAAAGCCAAGUUGCGAAUAGUGAAGGAUGCAAAUCAAAUCACGGCAUGCAUAAUGUGUUGCACAUAGUGUUGCAUGACACGCCGAUCUGGAAAUGAGGCGUCCUAAGGAGUUUGCCGACAGUAUUUCAUUAUUCUAAUGCCUUCUUUUACGACGCUCUUAAGGAAAGACUUGGCCGUAAUAAAGUGAACAAGCCAGAAGUGAGCUAAUAGGUAACGGUAACUGGAACUUAUUAGCACUCGACGCAUUCAACAGCUUCUACAUAAAACCAUUCAAUUCUCAUUCUCUCACAAAAACUUUUCGGCUUUGCAAACUCCUUUAUAUUCAUUCUGUAAUAAUGUAUUACCUGCUGAAUUUUCUACUGAGCUUGUAAUCUGCUGCCUAAAUCGCGCCUACCGUCGUCUUAUUUAUUUUCAAAACUGGUUAAUUUCUCGGAAUAUGUAAGUCAGUCAUGCACAGGAUUAAUGUUGGUGUCACGAAUAUCCCCCCUAAUUCGCGCACAGGUUUCAAGUUAAUUUCGAUUUUUACAAGAAAUAAAAGUCAUUUAGCUCAUGAUUUUAUGGUUGAGUGUAAAAAUUUUGACACCCACAUUUUUCAGCGAUAGGAGUGGCAAAAUAAUCGAUGGAUUUUCGAUGAGCUGAUAAUUGUGUAGGAACGCAAGUUUGCUAUUAAGGUUAAACGAGCCAUUUAGUAGUUGGCUUCUUUAAGUUUUAAUUAUUGUUAGUUUGAAAAAAGGAGGAAAGUUGUAAAUAUUGGUGUAUUUUUUGGGGGGAUUUUGAAGGUUUCGAAUCAGAAGAAUAUUCUACUUUCAUCUGCUUACUUAAAUAUUUUAUUAUUUUGACGUAUAAAAAUUAAUGAUUUAUUGCAUAUGUACCUUAGAGUUCAUGAAGAGGGAAUUGUAAAACUUAGCAAAUACGUACGACACUCCAUUAAGCUAAUGACCGGUGAAGGUGGAUAAACUAAUUCAUUCAGGUGAUACGCAUGCUAAACCAACUUUUGCUGAUGGGUGGAGUACGUACACAAGUAGUAAAGUUUGCAACAAGUUUCAAACUUACAUAACACGAUGCAUAAGUAUUUUUCUUGCCGUGAUUUCAAACUCCUGUUGGUUUUAAAUUUUUUAACCCGAUCAAGUACACAUGUUUCGAUCAGAAGGGCAAAGAUUUUCUCUAAUUUUCCUCCAUCCAUAGCUUAAAAUUUUGAUACCAGGCUUCUCACCUCGCAGAAUUAACAUUGACAUUUAAGAUAAUGAAGUGGUUUCAGUCAUGCCAUCGUAUGCAAAUGGAGUGGAUGAAGAUGAGCGAAACUGAGUGAAGUAUUUAUUUCCUCGCACAUCAUUAAAACAACAUUUCAAAAUUAACAUGUGCAUGUUUAAUGUUAUUCAAUGUUAUACGCCAAGAGGGAAACAAGGAACAAAAAACAACAAGAUCUGACAUUGAUUCACUUGCAAUUUUUUCAAAAUAUUAAUACGAACACGUAACAAAAUUUAAUGUUACAGCAUCUUUCUUUCUUCCUAUUGUUGUAAAUUUGCGUCAUAGUUUCUCUCAAGAAGAACCAACAAAGAUGGCAAAGGGAUAGGAGAUGAGAUCGAUAAGAUUCAGCACAUGUAACAUGGCCUAUGCAAAAAUAAAUAAAGUCAGAGAUUUUGUAUGUUUAAGGUUUCA